AGGUCGGAUACAAUGGAAUACUUCGUACCGGGUGUUGUGUUGGUGUUUUUCGUUUCCAUGACAGCAAAAUCUUCCAGCAUGCACAUCCAGAUAGAGUAUGGUAAUUUUGAAGCGCUGACAUGUUACACGUGCCCUCUGAAAAAGGACAACGAAGAAUGCAAUAACUGGGCGCCCGACAUCCCCUGUCCACUCAGACACACUGUAUGUAAGACAGUACACCGUAUAAACGACAGAACCGGAGAAAGUCUACAGGUUGACAAGUUCUGCGCCUUGCCAGAACAAUGUAGCAACGAUCACGUAGGCUGCAAGGGUACCUCCAAUGAAGGAGAAAUUGAAUGUGUAUCUUGCUGUACGGUAUCCUAUUGCAACGUCGCUGUACCAUACAACGUUAGUACGUCACAUACGUUAUCCGCCUCUUUGAUACCUUCAGCUGCAAGUGACGUGGCCAGAAUCAACUUUCCAUUGGUUGUUGUAGCAUUGAUGACGUUGACUUUUUGAAAUAAUUAGUCAGCCCUUGAUUAAUUAAAGUGCUUGAACUGUGCUUCACCAUAAAAAGUGCUAUGAGACUUGUUCUAGAAUGAAAGAAAAUGCACCGAGACUUGUACCAAAAAGGGAAUAUAAUGACACUAGACUUAUUACAGAGUGGGGAAAAUGCCACGCAAUUUAUUCCAGAUGAUGAAAAAACGCGACGAGAUUUAUUCAACAAUGCCAGAAUCAAAAAACAUGCGGCCACGAGGUUUGUUCAAGAAUGGGGAAAAAACGUUACGAGACUUUUUCUUGAAUUGUAGAAAAGGCUUGUUCUAGAUUGGAAAAAUGUAAUCAAGAUAUAAACUGGUUUCACAACAAUGUUUCUGGUUACUGAUUGAACGAACGUCUCCUCGUUGUUCUGCUGUUUCGUUAAGGACUUUGACCAAUUUCAUGUUGUUUCGUUGAUGGUAUCUAAGUGCUGCUAUAUCAUAUUGUAUGGUAAUAAAAUUGUCGAAUAUGAAUAUUAAAAAUGAGCUAAUUUAAAAAUAAAUAGAAAUGUUCCUUAUGUAUUAGCUUCUUUUCUUAUUUUUUAGAUAAGACCUAAGAGUGAUUUCUCAGACCCUUAGUAUUUUUUUUUCAUCUGUCUGUUGUCUGUUGCGUCCCUUAUCAGCUUGACAGCAGCAUCGUCCCUUGCAUGUGUAAUUUGUCUGUUGUCAGUAGCGUCCUUUAUUUGUCAGUUGUCUGUGCCGUCCCUAAUCCACCUUACACCCAUAGCGUCCUUUAUUUGUCUGCUGUCUGUGGCGUUCCGGAAGAUUCUUUAGUAGCAAAGAACGCAACCAUUCAAAACUGUGCCAGAAUCAGGUCCACUUAGUCUGUUAAUGAUAGGUAAAAAAUGUGCCCUCAACAUUCCUCAU